AGUGACAAAGAUAUCGAUUUCUAGUCCUAACUUACUUUCUGAGAGAGGUUGAAAUUCCUCGACAGGGAAAAGACUGUGCUCGAGAUCGUGCGAAGGGUUUUUGCAUCACGAUGGAUCAGCCGGCCAGCAGCUGCAUGCGGAGCGCCCAUCCCAGCAGCCCCAUCUGGGGCUGCAUGAGGAACCCUCACUCUGGGGUCCCAGGGGCGAAUCUGCAGUCGCCCUACCAGCAGGCCCCGUUCUCCCUCCACCAGAAGCCUGAGUUCCUGGCCUACACAGAUUUCUCCACCUCCUGCCUGGUGUCGAGCACGCCGCACGCAGCCUACCCUCGCGAUGACAGACUGUACCAAGAGAGCCAAGGGGGUUACCAAAGAGCUGACUGGCAGUUCAACCAAUGUGAGACUCGUGUGAGAGCACCUGAGGCCUGCCCGCCUGUUGCCCCUGCAGUAAUAGGUGGCGGCGGCGGCAGUGGGGCUGGAGGGCCUGAGCUGGACAGUGUAGGGGGGGACAGGCUUCCAGGCACCGUGCCCGGGUGUAUGGAGGGAGAAUACUCACCCCAGAGCGUGGCGUCGGCCGACUCGGACAAGAAGAGCUCCAAUAAGAGGAAAAGAGAUGUCACAGAUAUCCAGGAGUCCAGCUUUAAGGUGGAUUCCAGCUGCAAGGCGAGAAAAGAGCGAACAGCGUUCACCAAGGAGCAGCUGAGAGAACUGGAGGCAGAGUUCACCCACCAUAACUACCUGACCAGGCUGCGUCGCUAUGAGAUCGCUGUAAACCUGGACCUCACAGAGAGACAGGUUAAAGUUUGGUUCCAGAAUCGGCGAAUGAAGUGGAAGAGAGUGAAGGGAGGACAAUCGGCUUCGCCCAACGAGCUGGAAAAUGACGACAUAGACUCAGCUGCUUCACCCAGCUCUGAAUGA